CCCUGACUCCUCAGGUCUCAACUUCUUGCCCUACUGGGAUGCACUGUUGUCCAGAGCCUUCCUAGCUAUUUUGUGCCCCUCCUCCUUCCCCGGGGAGCAGCACCUCUUCCCAUAGUCCCCUUCUCCUCCUCAGAGUCCCUCCAUACCCACAGCAAUUUCUUCAUCCACUCACUUCGUACACAUCCUCCUUUUCUCUCUCGGGUUCACACGCCUCAUUUCUCAGUCUCUGACCUCUUCAACUGUUUCUGGAACCUCACCUCCUCUCCACAGCCACCACCACCCUCACGGACAGAUGCUCCUCCUAACAAGAAACUGCUAGAACAGAAAACUAACCAAACUCCUCCAGAAGGCCUUGACUUUGUUUGCCUGCCUUCUUUCUCUUCUCUCUCUUCCACCUUCUUUUCUUUUCUCUCCCCUAAGGCACGGACUGGGAACUUUUCUCCCUGAGGUCCUGCCCUAGGAGCUCUGGGACUUGUCGCAAGUGAAGGCAGUAACCACUCCAGGACCCCCCUUCCCCCCAGAGCUCCUCCCCUUCCAUCCUAAACUCAAAGUCCAGCUGGCCCAUGAGCAGUUGGAGCCCUUCCUUUGACCUGCUUCGCCAGGGGCUCGUUUUCUGACUGGGAGAGAUGACUCCAGCCUGGAGACACCUGCUGAGAGCUUGGUACCUGCAGACCUCCUCUUCCAGGAUCCCCAAGAUGUGCCCUUCCUUGAGCCGUGCUUUCCGGACAUCUGUGACCAAGCUUGGUCUUCAUACAAAACACAGAAUGCCUCCCUGUGACUUCACACCUGAAAAAUACCAGUCCCUCGCCUAUGAACGUGUCCUGGAGAUCCACAGUCAACACCUCGCUCCCAUGUCGACGGCGUAUUUCCCGAAGCCUUUGUUGCUUCACCAGGGUCACAUGGAAUGGCUGUUUGAUUAUGAGGGAAACAGAUACCUGGACUUCUUUUCUGGGAUUGUCACUGUCAGUGUCGGUCACUGCCACCCGAAGGUGAACGCAGUGGCACAAAAGCAGCUGGGCCGCCUGUGGCACACAAGUUCCCUCUUCUUUCACUCUCCAAUCCACGAGUUCGCAGAGAAGCUUUCGGCACUUCUUCCUGAGCCUCUAAAGGUCAUUUUCUUGGUGAAUAGUGGUUCAGAGGCCAAUGAUCUAGCCAUGCUGAUGGCCAGAGCACACUCAAACAGCACAGACAUUAUUUCCUUCAGAGGAGGCUACCAUGGGUGCAGUCCUUACACACUUGGCCUGACCAACGUAGGGCCCUACAAGAUGGAGCUCCCCAGUGGGACAGGCUGCCAAUCAACAAUGUGCCCAGAUGUUUUCCGUGGCCCUUGGGGAGGAAGCCACUGUCGAGAUUCUCCGGUGCAAACAAUUAGGAAAUGCAGCUGUGCACCAGACUGCUGCCAAGCGAAAGACCAGUAUAUUGAACAGUUCAAAGAUACUCUGAACACUUCUGUGGCCAAAUCAAUUGCUGGAUUUUUUGCAGAGCCAAUUCAAGGGGUAAAUGGAGUCGUCCAGUAUCCAAAGGGGUUUCUACAGGAAGCCUUCGAGUUGGUGCGGGAGCGGGGAGGCGUGUGCAUCGCAGAUGAGGUGCAGACAGGAUUUGGAAGACUGGGCUCUCACUUCUGGGGCUUUCAAACCCAUGGCAUCCUGCCAGACAUUGUCACCAUGGCUAAAGGGAUUGGGAACGGCUUUCCUAUGGCAGCAGUUGUGACAACCCCAGAGAUUGCCAAGUCUCUGGCUACACGCCUUUUUCACUUCAACACCUUUGGAGGGAACCCCAUGGCCUGUGCCAUUGGGUCAGCGGUGCUCGAGGUGAUUAAAGAAGAAAAGCUACAGGAAAACAGUCAGGACGUUGGCACCUACAUGCUACGGAAGUUUGCUGAGCUGCGGGAUGAGUUUGAGAUUGUCGGAGAUGUCCGAGGCAAAGGCCUCAUGAUAGGAAUAGAAAUGGUGCAGGACAAGGUGAGCUGCCAGCCUCUUCCCCGGGAAGAAGUCAAUGAAAUCCAUGACGACUGCAAACGCAUGGGGCUUCUAAUUGGCCGAGGCGGCAUUUUUGCCCAGACAUUCCGCAUUGCGCCCUCCAUGUGCAUCACUAAACCAGAUGUUCAUUUUGCAGUGGAAGUAUUUCGGUCUGCCUUAAUCCAACACAUGGAGAGAAGAGCUAAAUAAAACUUUUAAAAAUAAAAUCCAUAAGCUUCAAGAACUUCCCACUUCUGUUCGAGGGUUAAUUGGAGGAAUUCCAUUAGAUAAUUGGUGUAAGUUGUAUAGGACAUGGUUGACUGCUCACCAGCCGAAUGUGUUACCAGAGCCCCCAUUAUCUUGAGAAACCCAACCUUCAAGAAAGGAUCUUUAGCCCUAACUCAGAGAAUAAAUCCUAAUUAUUCUAGGUUAGUUAUGGUCAUUUAGUUCCCCUUGCCAGCGAUUGGUUUAUGCAUCACGUGUGAUGAGACUUGGGGACAACGAAUCCUGGAAGAAAAUAUUUUGGUGGAGACGCCUUAAGGUGAAGGUUUGUUUACUUUUCAUUCUUCAUCACCAGAAGACAUGUCUUCUUGCUCAAACUAUGUCAGCCAUUUUGAGACCAUGAAGACAAAGCUUCUUUGCUGGGGUUAGAAGGUAGAAGGAAGCUGAGUCCUUAGUAAGGUCAAUGAGCCUCUGACUUAACCAAUCCUAGAUUCUUACCUUGGAGCCUCUUGUUAUAUGACAUAAUAAACUCUGUGCAUUGCA